UGAAAAAGAGCAACAGACGGAGAAGUGUUUCAGGAGUGGAGGAGUGGUGGCAGGGUGACAGAGAGCCAGAGGGGGAACAGGCCCCCUUCCUGGGGAGCUGGCCGGACUGAGCUGGCUGGAAAGAGAGGGCGGAGAGCACGGAGUCAGAAGAGCGGCCACUGGCGCAGUUGCAGCCACUGCAGUGUCUGGGCUGAGCCUGAGGGAGGCGGGGAGGGACGCGCAGGGGCGGCCGCCACUGCUGCCAGGCCACUGGGGUGAGAUGCCGAAGCUGCUGGAUCCUCGCUAACUUUGCCGGGCAGAAGAGGAGAAGGAGGAAGGGGCUUUGAGAGAGUUGGGGGGGGAUGCCGAGAAGCAGUCAGUUCUCUGCACCCACCACCUAACAGCCCUUCGCGUCCGCCCCGGGGGCGGCGAGCUAGGCGGCAGCGCGGCGCGGGCUCGGUGGAGCGGCCCAUGUCCGGCGCGGGCGAAGCCCUGGCUCCCGGGCCCCAGCGCGGGGCCGAGGCGGGCGGCGGCCGGCUGGGGGCCCCAGCCCAGGAAAAAUGUGAUAAAGAAAAUACUGAGAGAAAUAUAACUCAAGCUGCCGAUAGCUGCUUCACACAUGGAAUGAUGCAAGACCAGUCCAUUUGGGGAAAUUGUUCAGAUGAUGAACUCAUCCGAACCCAACCUCAGCGCCUGCCUCAGCUUCAAGCGUCCCUACAGGAGCCAAGUGAGGAGGAAGGUGGCAAGAUAAAGAACGGCCCCACUAGUCUGAGCAACGGAAAUGGAAUUCACCACCACGGGGCCAAAAACGUAUCUGCGGAUAAUCGAAGACUUUCAGCACCUGUUUCUAACAAGAUGCAUAGAAAAAUUCAGUCCAGCUUGUCCGUCAACAGUGAUAUCAGUAAGAAGAGUAAAGUUAAUGCUGUCUUUUCCCAAAAGACAGGCUCUUCACCUGAAGAUUGCUGUGUCCACUGUAUCCUGGCCUGCUUGUUCUGUGAAUUCCUGACCCUCUGCAAUAUUGUCCUGGGCCAAGCUUCGUGUGGCAUCUGCACCUCAGAAGCCUGCUGCUGUUGCUGUGGAGAUGAAAUGGGAGAUGACUGUAACUGCCCUUGUGACAUGGAUUGUGGCAUCAUGGAUGCCUGUUGUGAAUCAUCAGACUGUUUGGAAAUCUGUAUGGAAUGCUGUGGAAUUUGUUUUCCUUCAUAGAUAUUUAUCUUCUGUUGUGUUAAAACUGGAGAGUUUUAAGAUUUUUCUUUUAAGGGGGCAGAAAAGCCCAUGGUAAGAUUCUCAUGAAGCAAGCCAGUAUUUGCACUGUUAACUCAUUAAGUAAUCUCUGAAAGCCUUCUCUAACCAAAUCUACGUGGUUUAAUAUGUGAAAUUUUAACUACUUGUAAACUUCCUAGGUUACAAUGACUGAGGGACAUUUUGACCAAAAAAAAAAAAAAAAAAAAAAAAAAAAGCUAAAUGUCUCCUCCUUUUAUACACAUUUCUAUUUCUUUUAACAAUUCCUAGGAGCCUCUUGCUCCAAACGUAUUAUUUCUCUGUGGGUAUUUAAACCAGACAGUUUAUUUUUGAUGUUUAUCUCUCCAUGGUUCAAAGUAAGCGUUUCUUUCCUUUCAAGUGAACUUUGGGAAACAAACCCACACCGUAGUUGGGCGCCCUGUGCUAAUCUCCGUGCUCUGUUCUCACUUUCUCCACUUGUUCAACAGACAUUGAGCUCCUCCUGUGUAUAAUCGCCUGCUCAGAUGCAGAGACGGAUGCCAUUCAACUCUCAUCUAGAGGAGUGUACAGUUUAACAGAGCAAAGAGACCUGUACAGUAUGAACCAUUCCUCAAGGCAUACUGAAGUGAGGAUUAUGCACGAGAAAGACUGAAAAGGCCCCAGGAAUACACAGAGAACAGCUCUUGUCUACUGGAAUAUGCACAAGGCCUCAAGGAAAAGAUGGUGUUUGAAGAGGCCUUUUAGGAUGAGUGAUCCAUCUAUGGCUUGAACGAAUUAGAUUUAGGACCAAGUUUUAGGUGGGGAGCCUGAACUGUGUCUGUCCUGAAGCAGUCGAAAGAAAAAUGCCUUAAGUAUGUAUUUUCUUUAGUUGCAGGAAUACAGCUUUUUUUUUUUUAAGACUAUCAAAUUUAACUAAAAUUACACAAUAACUUUUUACACAUAAUUUAAAUGUGAUAAAGUUUUUGGCAAGAACAUAAUGAUUUAUUAAAAUAGCUCUAUUUUAUGAAGAACGUGGAAUGCUUUUGACAAAUUGCAUUUAAAUUAGGUGAUUUUUUUAAUACUAAAAUCCCAGUAUUCUGAUUUUGAUUUAUUCAAAAUGUUUGUUUUCUUUUUUUAAUUUUUUAAGAGCUUUAUAGGGAAUUUUUUAAGUCUCUUUAUAGGGAAGGAAGGUUGUUUGUUUUGCUUCAUAACCAAUGUUAUAUUUUAUAAACAGCUCAUCUUAAAUGUAAACCAUUCCUUCCAAAGCCGUGGGAAACUUGACGUCCACUACUGUGACCAGAUUUCACUAUUGCAAUUUUAUGUUAAAUUAAA